UUUCCUCCCGCCCCUAUUCCCGCGAGAGGAGCGAUGGCCAAUGGGCGAGCAGGGAUGAGCUGAGGCUGACGGGGAGAGCCUGUUGUUACCGCUACGCCUACGAUGAAAGAAGAUAAGGAGAACGCAAGGCCCAAAGAGAAGCGAGGCGGUCACCUCACUCCCGCCGGGGUGGGGACAGCGAUGGCCGGCAUGGACGCCAAAGCGGGGGGCGAGCCUGACAGGCUCGAGCGGCCGAAGGACAAAAAGGAGACGCUUAGCAAGGUAGUGAUUCGACGCCUACCUCCCAGCUUGACAAAAGAACAGCUUGAAGAACAUCUGCAGCCUUUGCCUGAACAUGACUAUUUUGAAUUCUUUGCUAAUGAUUCCAGUUUGUACCCUCACAUGUUUUCCAGAGCAUACAUCAACUUUAAAAACCAAGAAGACAUAGUUCUGUUCAGGGAUCGCUUUGAUGGUUAUGUUUUUGUUGAUCACAAAGGUCUAGAAUAUCCUGCCAUAGUGGAAUUUGCACCAUUUCAAAAAUCUGCCAAAAAGAAAAAUAAGAAAAAGGAUGCCAAAGCUGGGACCAUUGAAGAUGAUCCAGAGUAUAAGAAGUUUUUAGAAAGCUACAGUGCUGAUGAUGAGAAAUUGGCAUCCACUCCUGAGACAUUACUAGAGGAAAUAGAGGCAAGAAACAAAGAAUUAAUAGCUAAAAAGACCACUCCUCUGUUGAACUUCUUGAAAAACAAACAGAGGAUUAGAGAAGAAAAACGAGAGGAAAGGAGGCGGCGAGAACUAGAGAGGAAAAGGCAGAGGGAAGAAGAAAGGAGAAAAUGGAAAGAAGAGGAAAGAAGGAAGAGAAAAGAAUUUGAAAAAACAAAGAAGGUGGAGAGGUGUCCAGAGAAAGAAAGGGAGAAAUCAAAGGAUGAACCAAAGAUUAAGCUACUUAAGAAGCCAGAAAAAGAUGAAAGAGACUUCGAAAAAAAGGAAAAGACCAAGAAAAUGGAUAAAGACAGUCUGAGGGAGGAAAAGGCUGCCGGUGCAAUCAGCAAUGCGCCAGCCAAGCGCUCCGAUGGGGAGGCUAAAGAGGAGAAGGCCAAAAAGUUGGAGGAUGACUGUGGAAAAGACUAUAGGGAAAGAGAGUAUGACAGAGACAGAGAGUAUGAGAGAAUCCAGCGGGAAAGAGACAAACUUAGACGCCAAGAAGAAGAGCGCCGAAGGCAGAAAGAGCGCUUUGACAAAGAAAAGAUUUUCAGGAGAAAAGAAGAAGAAUUGAAAAAGGAGAGAGAUUUGCUGAGAGAUAAAGGGAAGAGAGUUGAAUUGGCAGACUACAUGGGAAAUACAGAGAAACCAGAGAAAGGAACCAAAGAAGACAAAAAAGAGGAUAUGGGAAAGAGGGAUCGCAUCAGAAACAAGGAUCGCCCAGCCAUGCAACUCUACCAGCCUGGGGCACGGAGUCGAAGUCGUUUGUCUGCAUAUGAUGAAAGUUCUGCAAAGUCACCUGAUCAGGGAGCAGAUAAAAAGCAGGAAUGUGAAACCAGUAGCACAAAAGAGGAAGAGUGAUAAGUCAUGUGUGUCCUCACCAAUGUAACAGCCAAAGAGCAUGAACUGCGCGGUCCAGAAGUGCCUUGGAGAAGGAGGAGGAAGAAGAGAGGGAAGCAGUACUUGUCAGUGUAUCUGGUUUCAGAGCCUCAGUGCAGAGUCAGCACAAACUCGUAUUUGCUCAGUGCAUUUUCAGUUGAAGGUGUGGCAGCAAACUGCAAGGGAAGGCAACCUUCCCAGUUCUGAAAAAGUACAAAGGCUUUGUCACCUUAAAACAAGUCGGUUGGCUGUGUAGCCCCAAACAAGCGCUGUUUCAUAUAAAAGCCACGAACCAGUAUUUGCACUUAAAAUACAGCCAGGUUGGAGCCUCAUGAUUGCUCAAGUGUUAACAUCUCUGUUGUUGUGCUCUGUGAGCCUAUGGUCUACAUUACUAACUGUAUGGGCGGGGGAAGGUCCAAUUUAUAGCACUGGGAGAAUCUUUGCUCUGCUGGUUGCAAGAUUCAUUUUGAGAAUGAGGGGAAGAGCUUAAGGGAUUUUUUUCUUCUUUCACUAUAGAUUUGGAUAGCCUGUUAGCUGAGCAUAAGCAAUGGGAAAGGAUUUUUUUAUUUGCACAUCUCAUGUAAUAUCCAAAUACUGAUAGAUCAUUUUAUUUUAAAAGUUGCUCUAUAAUCCCUACUUCUCCCAGCUUUUCUCUUUUUUCCCGUAGUACCCUGUCAGGAAAAUGUUCUACUUCCAUUGUACAGUGUCUUCACUGAUGCACUAAAGCAUCUGAAAAUGCAGAAAGAAGUGUUCCUAAAAUUGUGGCUCCUCCUCGUGCUAACACAACACAGCUAUUUUAUAUGUAAUAAAACUGAGAUAUCAUUUAAAA